AUGCCGAGCGCGUUCGGGGUCCUGAAGAGCGCGAACGCGGUGGCGCAGGAGCGCGCGCGAUCGAAGUACACCGGGAACGCGGCGCGGUUGGACGCGUACGCGACGCCGCCGACGGAGGAACGGUCGAUCGAUUAUUUGGAGCGAUGCGCGAGCGACCGAUACGCGCUGUUGCGCGCGAUCGACGACGCGCGAAGCGGUGGGAAGAAGGAUGAAGAGUUGAAAAAGGUGAUUCGAGAGGAAGAGGAACGACGAGAGAUGCGGCGGACGAACGGGCGAGGGGAGUUUGAUGAAGAGAACGCGUCGAGAGACGCCACCGGACACUUUCUGUUGCGUCUGGCGUCGAGUUUGAAAGAGGAGCACGAGAGGUGGUUCGUAGAGAACGAGUUGGAGCUGUUCAAGUAUCGGUUCGGUGAGCUGAGCGAGUCGGGGAAGGAGAGCUUCAUGAAGACGAAUGGGUUCGACGACUACGGCGCGGCGAGCGAGCGGGACGUUCAAGAGCACAAGAAUGAGUUACGGGACGUCUUGAUGGCGGAUUUCGAGUUUAGAAAGGCGCUCAAGGAUGCGAGCGUGAAUAACUUGAAGCUCGGUGAGUUCGAGCGCAAGUGCGCGGAGGAGGCGCGAAACGCGAAGAAUUGGUUUGUCGUCGGUUUCGAAGAAGUGAGCCCGCUCGUGCGCACGCGACGGGCGUAUCUCAUCGGCGGACGAGCUUGGAUUCGAAAGGAGACGCUCGAUCAACUUGUUUUUGGCAGGUUCCGAACCAGACUGAGCCUGGGUAUGAAGAAGGCGAAGGAAUUGUUCAAGCAGUUUGAGGUGGCGGAGGCAAAUAGGCUCGCGCCGCUCCUGAGAGCGGUGCACAACAAGCGUUCGGGUAGGGCGUACGAGGGACGAAGGGCGUACGAGGGCGAGGGAACGAUGUCCAUCUCGGGCAUCGAGCAAACGCAAGAUUCGUUCCCGCUCUGCAUGCGUCAGCUCCACAAUGCACUCAAGAAGAAGCAUCACCUGACGCACGGCGGUCGUCGUCAGUACCAGUUGUACCUCAAAGGCAUCGGUCUUCCCCUGGACCAGGCACUCGUAUUUUGGAAGACAGAAUUCACGAAGAGCCCAGAUUGUUCGGCCGAAAAGUUCGAGAAGGACUACUCGUACGGCAUCAGGCACGCGUACGGUCGAGAGGGCAAGCGCGUCAACUACACGCCGCACUCGUGCGGCCAGUGCAUUAACGCCACGCCCGGUGAGAAGGACAGCCAUGGAUGCCCAUUCCGGACGAUGACGAGCGGAGGGAACAAGAACGGCGAAGCGCUGCACGAACUUUUGACAAAAUCGAUGAAAAUUCCUGAGGACGCUUCGAUAAAAAUUGUCGAUAAGGCGAAGGGCAUGCACUAUCAAAUCGCGUGCGGGAUGACGUUUGCCGCGCUUCACGACGGCAAAGAGAUCGAAGCUGGCGUCCAUACCCCGCACCAGUACUUCCACGAGAGUAGGAACAUCAUUGCGCCGGCUCCAGGCGAAGCGGCAGUCGCGACUGCGACGACCGCGGCGUGA